AACUGCCAAGUCAUUCAGAAACAAACAAAGUAAGUUUGAAUACUUUGGUUGUCUUCCAGACACUUGUUCCUCACCAUCGUGUUUCUGCGUCUUCACAAUCUCUCACACUUUCAAGAACAUCAUAAUUAAGUAACUGCUACUAAUACUAAUGGCGAAGAAUAAUACUGUUUUUCUUCACUUCUUCAUCAUUCUCUUCCUUUCUAUUUCCUCACUUUCGGUUUCAGCAGCAAGAAUUGUGCCUCUCUUGCAAAAUUACGGAAAACCCUUUUUCAGAUCAAAUUUUCAUAAUAUUUAUGACACUUCAAACUAUGGUGUUUUUCAGCUCAGUAAUGGAUUGGCUCUCACUCCUCAGAUGGGAUGGAACAGCUGGAACUUCUUUGCAUGCAAUAUAAAUGAAACAGUUAUUAAGGAAACAGCUGAUGCACUGAUAUCAACUGGAUUGGCUAAGUUAGGCUAUGAUUACGUCAAUAUAGAUGACUGCUGGUCUUCUGUGACAAGAAAUUUGAAGGGUGACCUUGUCCCUGAUCCUAAGACAUUUCCGUCAGGAAUUAAAGCACUUGCAGAUUAUGUGCAUGGAAAGGGACUCAAGCUUGGCAUAUAUUCUGAUGCAGGGGUUUUUACAUGUCAAGUUCGACCAGGAUCUAUUUUCCACGAACAUGAUGAUGCAGAUUUAUUUGCCUCUUGGGGCGUAGAUUAUUUGAAAUACGACAAUUGUUACAAUCUGGGCAUCCCUCCAAAAAAACGAUAUCCACCUAUGCGCGAUGCCCUCAAUGAAACGGGACGUAAAAUUUUCUAUUCAAUCUGUGAAUGGGGUGUUGACGAUCCUGCUUUAUGGGCAGGCAAGGUUGGUAACAGUUGGCGAACAACCGAUGACAUCAAUGAUACGUGGGCAAGCAUGACAACUAUUGCUGAUCUUAAUGACAAGUGGGCUUCAUAUGCGGGUCCUGGAGGAUGGAACGACCCAGAUAUGUUGGAAGUUGGCAAUGGUGGCAUGACUUACCAGGAAUACCGUGCUCACUUCAGCAUCUGGGCUUUAGCUAAGGCUCCUCUAUUGAUUGGUUGCGAUGUAAGAAAUAUGACUGCUGAAACACUUGAGAUUUUAACCAAUAAAGAAGUCAUUGCUAUAAAUCAAGACUCACUUGGAGUCCAGGGAAGGAAAGUUCAAGUUUCUGGAAUAGAUGGUUGCAGUCAGGUAUGGGCAGGUCCUUUAUCAGGAAAUCGUUUGGCCGUUGCUCUAUGGAAUCGAUGCUCAAAAGCUGCCAAUAUAACAGCUUCAUGGGAAGCACUUGGGCUUGAAUCUGGAAUUCAUGUUUCUGUUAGGGAUUUGUGGCAGCACAAGGUAAUAAAUGGAGCUGCAGUGUCAUCAAUCAGUGCUCAAGUUGAUUCUCAUGCUUCACAGUUGUACAUUUUGACUCCAUCUACAGCAUCUUAUUCUGUAUAGUAGCUCAUACUUCAUAAGGUUUUGGUUCAUCUGUAAAUCUAAAAUGGACAUGGCAGCAUCUUCACCAACUACAUGAACCACUGCUUGUUUAUUUUCUAAAUCAUUUGUUGUUACUAUAACUAGAAUGUAAAUCUUCCAUCUCAAAUAAAUUGUGUACUAUAUAUACUCAUAAAUCAUGAUCACAUGAUUUAUGUCCAAAAUGUGAGUCGGAUGGAUUUAUGAUGUUUUUACAAGGUAUGUAUGAUAUGAAGAUUUUGGGAAAAA